CAAGCUAACAAUCCAUACCUCCCUUAUCAUCACAAACCCUAGACUUUCCUCUUAGCUUUCACACCCACUUCAACACACUUUUCUUCUGCUUCCUUUUCUUCAUCUUUUAUUCACUAUGAAUCUUGAAGACAAAGUUUCCAUGGACUCAGUUCCACCAUCAGAGCAUCUCUGCUAUGUCCGGUGCAACUUCUGCAACACUGUUCUUGCGGUUGGGAUUCCAUUCAAGCGGUUGCUGGACACUGUGACUGUGAAAUGUGGUCACUGUAGUAACCUCUCUUUCAUCAGCACCAGACCUCCAGUCCAAGGUCAAUGUCCUGAUCACUCACUUUCUCUACAGGAGAAGCAGAGUUUUUGCAAUGAUUUCAGAAAGGUCCACUCAUCAUCAUCAUCCUCAUCAACAUCUAGCGAGCCCUUGUCUCCAAAAGCACCCUUUGUUGUAAAACCACCUGAGAAGAAGCACAGACUUCCGUCUGCUUACAACCGAUUCAUGAAGGAGGAGAUACAACGUAUCAAGGCUGCCAACCCUGAGAUACCACAUCGAGAAGCGUUUAGCACGGCAGCAAAAAAUUGGGCUAGGUACAUUCCAAACUCACCAGCCGGAUCAGUUUCUGGGAGCAACAACAAUGAAUGA